AUGUCCAAGCUACUCCAAGGCAAAGUAGCAGCAAUCACGGGAGCAGUAACAGGCAUAGGCCGAGCCAUUGCACUCGAGUACCUUCGACAAGGUGCAAGUGUAGCAGUCAAUCAUUUCCCCGACGAAAAGUCAGCAGCACAAUAUGAAGAGAUGAAGAAAGAGGCGGGCGAGGGAGCGAAGCUGUUGGCCGUAGCCGGAGACAUAUCGAAACCAGCGACAGGACAAGAGCUGGUGAGAAAAGCUGUAGAAGCAUUUGCAGGACGAUUAGAUAUAUUCGUGAGCAAUGCUGGAGUCUGCGAGUUUGCAGAGUUCUUGACCAUACCUCCCGACCUGGUAAACUUCACCAUCUCCACCAACCUUAACGGCGCCUUCUUCGCCGUCCAAGCCGCCGCCCAACAAAUGGCGAAACAAGAGCCAGCAGGCGGAAGCAUCAUAGGCAUAUCCUCGAUCUCAGCGCUCGUGGGCGGUGCAGGCCAGACCCAUUACACCCCGACGAAAGCGGGUAUCACAUCGUUAAUGCAGAGUACCGCCUGCGCACUCGGCAAAUACAAUAUCCGAUGCAAUGCUCUGCUGCCGGGAACUAUUCGCACACAGCUGAACGACGAGGACCUCGCGGACCCGGAGAAGCAGAGGUAUAUGGAGGGGCGGAUACCACUUGGGCGGCUGGGGCAGCCGCAUGACAUGGCAGGUCCGGCAGUCUUUCUUGCCAGUGAUCUCGCGGCGUAUGUAUCUGGUGCCCAACUUCUGGUAGACGGCGGAGCAUUCGUGAAUUUUCAGUAG